AGCUCCGUUAAUUUAAGGAUGUCCCGUGAAUUCGGGUCCAUUCUACUGCCAAAGAUCGGUUUCAGCGUUCAUUGUACGCACCAAUAAUGCCCCAUGUCCAACUGCGACCAAUAACACCUCAGCCUUUGUUACUUCACAGUUUCUAUCCUCCCACUCAUCUUCCCACUUUCCUAUGUCUUCUUCUCCCAAAGUUCUUCAACAUCUUCAAUCAUGGAAAUUCACUCUUUCUGUCUUCCUCAAAAUCUGCCUCGUCCUUCCCACCUUCCUCCUCCUCAUCUUCUUCUUCCACAAAGUUCAUCUUUACAAUCGUACUCCACAAUUCAACUUCAACCAUUACAUUCAGCACUAUACCACAACCACCGCUCCUGCCGUGGACGAUCGAGAGCCCACUAAUAUCUCUCAUAUUCUGUUCGGUCUCGCCGGCUCCGUCAAGACCUGGCCCAAGCGCCGGCCAUACGUCGAGCUAUACUGGCAGCCUACCGUUACCAGAGGCUUCGUGUGGAUGGACCAGAAGCCUCCGGAAAACGAGACAUGGCCACAGACUUCGCCUCCCUACAAGGUCUCCGCCAAUACAUCGUCCUUCAACUACACCUGCUGGUACGGUGACAGGUCCGCCGUUCGACUCACGCGAAUCCUAAAGGAAAGCUUCGAAUUGGGCUUAAAAAACGUGAGGUGGUUUGUCAUGGGAGACGACGACACUUUGUUUUUCCCCGAGAACUUAGUUACAGUAUUGGCGAAGUAUGACCACAACGAUUUGUACUACAUAGGAGCAGAUUCAGAGAGCGUGGAACAAGAUGUCAUAUUCUCUUACAAGACGGCGUUUGGCGGCGGCGGAUAUGCCAUCAGCUACCCCCUCGCGGAGGAGCUUGUGAAAAUUCUAGACGGCUGCGUCAAUCGAUACGCUCAGUUGUACGGAGGUGAUCAGAAGAUUCAAGCCUGCGUUAGUGAGAUCGGCGUUCAAACUACCAAGGAACGUGGUUUUCAUCAGGUUGAUAUACGAGGGAGUUUAUAUGGGUUACUGGCGUCACACCCGGUGGCGCCGCUGGUGUCGCUGCACCACGUGGAAACAGUAGACCAGCUGUUUCCGAGCUCAACACGGGUUGACUCAUACAAGAAGCUAGUGGAGGCGUAUAAAAUGGAUCCAGGACGGAUCUUGCAACAGAGUAUCUGCCACGACCUACAACGGAACUGGUCGAUAUCGGUAUCAUGGGGCUACAGUGUACAGCUGUAUCCUUCACUGUUGACGGCGAAAGAACUGGAAAUAGCGCUGGGGACGUUUCAGACAUGGAAGAGUUGGAGUGAUGAGCCAUUCGUGUUCAACAUCCGAUCAGUGAGCGACCCGUGCGGCAGGCCGGUGGUCUACUUCUUGGAUCGGGUAGAGAGCGUGGGCAGAGGGGAGACCCGAUCCACGUACAUGAGGUAUGGGGAUGUGCUGGAAAAGAAAUGCAAUGGAGAUAACUACACGGCGACCAUGCGUGUUGACUUGGUAAACGUCACUGCCCCUCGGCUUAGUCGAGACCUGUGGAAUAAGGCGCCACGUAGACAAUGUUGCGAGGUAAUGAAUGACAGUAAUGGCAUGGAGAGCACAGUAGUGAUCAAAGUCAGAGGUUGUCAUCGAUUCGAGAGUGUGACUCCACCAUAGUUUUACUAUGCAUGCCACACGGAAAGUAAGAGGUAUCAAGAAAUCUAAUUAAGGUGAUCUAAAGA